AUGGAUGUUCACGACUUGCUCAGCAACCUUGAUCAGGUGCCGGAAGCCAAACGCCAAGCCGUCAUCAACAAUGGUGGCGGACACGCCAAUCAUUCACUUUUCUGGUCCAUCAUGAGCCCCAACGGCGGUGAACUCGGCGGAGAAAUCGCAGCCGCGAUAACCUCCACCUUCGGAUCACAUGAAGCCGCAAAAGAACAAUUUGUUACUGCCGCGACCACACGUUUCGGUUCCGGUUGGGCAUGGCUUGUCCUCGGCGACAGCGGUUUGGAAAUCUACUCCACUGCAAAUCAGGACAGCCCGAUCAUGCAGGGACAUACCCCGCUUCUCGGCGUCGAUGUUUGGGAACACGCAUACUAUCUGAAAUACCAGAAUCUUCGUCCCGCUUAUGUUGAGGCGUGGACAAACGUCAUCAACUGGACACGGGUCAAUGAACUCUACAUAGCGAACGCCUAA